CUCCAUCAAGCAGUGAUUGAGGUCAAGAUCACAGUAGGCUACUCCUCUUACUUCCACUGAACCCAGCAGAAGAGUGAGGAGGACAAGGAGGAGCUGCUGGUGCCUUUAGAUGUGAAACUACUACAGAAAUCAUGGCCACCAAUGUGUUGAAGCAUAAACCUUCUUCAGAAACCAUGCCAAUGUCUGCACAGAAUUGUAGAACGACUUCAGAAGCCAUGUCCUCCUUUGCGUUGAAGUGUAGGCUUACUCAACAGGGCACAACAGGGUGCGAGGUCCUGCACCCCUCUGAGAUUGCUACCUUGACUGCCUUUAGAAGUAGUCCUAGUCCAGAGGAUUUGCCCACCCGAAAACAGGGCUCAAAGUAUGAGAUCCUACAGCCCCAGGUCCCUGGUGCCUGUACUGUCUUGAGAUGUAAGUCUGCUCCAGAGGAACCUGAAGGCAUGUCCAAAUCUUAUCAGCGCAAAAAGUGUGAGGCUCCACACCCACCAGAGGCUGGUGCCUCUUCUGCCUUGACAUGUAGACCUACUCUCCCCUGCAGUAUCCUGCAGACUGGCCAAGAAGUCAGGAAUUGUAUGGGUGACACAGGGCGCUGUGGUCACGCCAACGCAACUGAGGUGAACUCUCUCAUGGGAACUGGAAAGUGCAGAGGACGGUUUCUGCCAAGUGUCUGUGAAUCAGAGCAUGCCCAGACAGCCAGGGUUGAAGCAUCUGACCCAUGGCGUUCUGCUAGUGUCAGACGCAGCCCUGAGGGCAUCUCAUUCAGGAUUGAACUCGGAGGUGAUACAACUCUACACAACACCUUUCAGCGGGAAGAUGCAACCAAUACCUCUUCCGGCAAUCAACAUUGUAGCCAUACCUCUAGAAGACGGCAGCAGUGGGAUGUUGGAUUCAAUGAUCUUCACAGAGAGGACAGUCGAAUAAGUACUACAACAUGCAGCUGCAACAUAUCCUCUGCGGUUGAGGCACUAAGGCGCACAAUGGAAAGGAUGGUUCUGUGUGUAGACAGUGCUGCAACAGUCCAGGAGACAGUUAGGUCCCUUUCCACAAGUGGAAUUCUUCAACCACUCAUCCAACACCUCAUAGAUCAUCUCAUAGAGGAGGCCACGUCUUGUGGUGAAGCACCUACAGGUCACCCGGUCUUUCGUGCUGAGAACUCUGUCUCUGACCCCGUCCUUUCUAUGACUCAAGAGGAAGACUGGAGUCUGCAGGGCCAAGUCAUGGAGAGGGAUCAAAAGUUAAUUCGUGCCUUCAGCCAAAGAUUCAUUCGUUCUCUGUUGAAAGAGCUAUUGAUCUCCUUACAUGAUCGCUGGGGGGAGAACAAAAGAGCUACUUGCUAUUCCAGGACACCUUCUGCAAAGGUGUGCGCUGAGGUUCGGCAGGUGUUUACAGAGGUCUUGGUGCAAGAUGUGACGGCAUCCUUAUCCAAGAGCAAGGUGUACAGCUUCGUAUCGCCCUCACCCUCUCCAUCAACAGAUUCUUUACUCUCUUCUUCCAGCCUGGCCAGUGAAGUCACCACUGACAUCACACCCGUGACAACGACACAGAUUGUCUCCUCGGUGGUAGCAACACCACACACAUCCAGUCCAACAAACCCCUGGGGGGAAGACUAUCAGUCUUUGGUUUCGACGCUGGUAUGGCAGCUUCUGUUCAAGAUUAGCCAGUUCACUGUGCCCAUGGAAGCCUUGGCCCGAACGCUCACCAACCGGGUGCUGUUUGAGUUCUGCACAAUGUCGGGUCUCUAUAAAACAGACGCCUAUCCGCUGUCGCUAAUGGUCCAAAACAUCUACCGGGACAUAUACGCAAAGCUGCUCGUCGAGUUUGGGACCAAGGAUAACCUUCGUAGAGCCCUUGUGGCCAGGCAGCUGUCAUUCAGCAGGAGCAUAGUGGGUCUGCUAUGCGACGAGCUACUCUGGCAGUGUCGACAGGAGAAGAUGGUGGGUGUGUUUGCUCUGAACCAGAACAGGAAGGAGGCAGUAUUAGUGGCUAAAGUGGACAGUAACAACAGCAGCCCUCCAAAGACUCCGCCCUCAGCCAAAGUGUCCUCUUUCUUCAAGGGAAGGCACUCUGUCAAGAAGCUGUUUGGCAGAACCAACAGAGUGGAGCCAGCAUGCGGAGCAGUCAGUACACCUGCUCAAAGUUGUGAUGAAGUGUGUUCUGAAGGAAACAACCUCCCCGUUGUGUGUGAGAGUGAAGAGAUCACAGGAGGAUCCCACCACUUGGUUAGAGGGCAUUAACCAACAAGGAGACUUAAGAGGAGAGUUCAGAAGUCAUCGUCUGUACUGAAUGACCAACAUU